GUCGUUCUUCCGGGGGCGGCGGAGCGAGGAGGCGGACGCGGAGGAGCGGGCGGAGGAGAAAGGAGGAGGCAGAGGGGGAGGGUUCUUGGAAUCGCGUGAUCGCUCGGAGGAACUCGAGAUCUCUGUCGGAUUGGAGAUUCGAAGAGCUCCCUUUUUUUCCCUCACAACUAUAUUGUUCUGAGGUGAAGAAAUGUUGAUUACUCAGUGUUACGAGUCUUAAAAGACUGCCGUCGCUUAUGGAAACCCAACUACCUUCAUGAAACAAUUUGAUAGAGUUGCACGAAUGGAAAGGAGGUUCCAUACUAAUGGGAAUUUGUAGUUCAUGCCAACCCAAAAUGCAAUGGGUAAGGAAGCUUUAGAAAUGUCCACAGAUGAAGAAUCAUAUAUUGUUAUAUGUGCAUCUAAUGGCAAUCCUGAUCGAACUGAUGAUAUUUCCUGUAAAACUUCCACACAUGAUGGGUCAGAUGAGGCUAUAAAUGACGUUCAGGAUUCUCACAAUGGGCAAGAAGUACCUAGCAUCGGAAACUUGAAUUUGGAUAAUGACACACCUGAAAAUAAACCCAUGAACCAUGAAGCUCAGAAGUCACCAAAUCAUAAGAAACAAGUACGGCUUAACUACACUGUCCCUCAGCCAUUUGAGCUUGCAACUGAAAAGCGUGCUGCCAGUGGAUGUCGUGAGUUUGCAGCUGAUGCAGCUGGUGAUGGAGAUAAAGCUGCUAAGGGAAACUCACCUCUCACAUCAAGGAAGCCUUUCCAUUCUGAUAAUACAGUACACACAGAUGAAGAGGAUUCUAGCUCUGUGGCUUCUUCAACUGCAGCAUCUGUAAGAAUUUCGAAAGCUAGGACAACAGUGCCAACUGCCCCUAUUUUCAAAUGCAGUGAACGCGCCGAGAAACGGAAAGAGUUUUACUCUAAAUUAGAAGAGAAGCACCAUGCUUUGGAGGCAGAGAGGCUGCAUUGUGAAGCUAGGACAAGGGAAGAGGAAGAGGCAGCUUUAAAGCAACUAAGGAAGAACUUGAUUUUCAAAGCAAACCCAAUGCCAAGCUUCUACCACGAGGGUCCUCCUCCUAAAGUGGAACUUAAGAAGGUGCCCCCAACUCGUGCAAAAUCACCCAAGUUUGGUCGAAGGAAGAGUUAUGGCGAUGCAGUCGAUCCAUCCCAAGUAGAUAACAGCAGUGGAGUAUGCGAUCGGUUGCAAGGCCACAGUCUAGGCAAUUAUAAAGAAGCUACCAACAAAUUACAGAGUAGUCCUAAGGCUGGAAAUGCAAUUAAAGGGAAACAGGGGCCAAAAUCUGUGAGGAAUAGUUCCAAGCCUCUCGCUGAGGAGGUCACAGAGCAGACAGCUGCCGAUAUCACUGUGGAAACCUGAUUCAUGAGUUAAUUUUUUUUCAUGUUCUUUAAAUUAUAAUUUUAUCUUACAACACGAAUGGCCCUUACUUUAUCCAGGACAUCCACGUGUUUGUCAAAAGUUCUCCCCCCCAUGUGAGAAAUUCGUGACUGAGAUUUUAUAAUGUAUCAUGCUGUAAAUUUUGUAAGUUAUAAAGUGUGAUGUAACAACUGAUUCUGCAAUUAUGUAAAAACUGGAGUGACUCUUCUUUAAAAGUGUGGCUGAGUCUCUAAGCUUUAUGU